UCCACUUUUCCACACACAAAGAAUGAAGGUUAUGUGCAUAUGUGGUGCAUGCGCGUGAGUGGCGUGAUGCCGUCGUGGAGGCUUGAGCACAGCUGUUUUACCGUCCCCGCCGUUUUAUAUCUCGUGCAACGGCGAGUAAAGUGGGAGGAGGAGGUGGAGUAAUUUAGAUAUCUUGAGUCGCGAUCGUGCGUGAAAUAAUUUUGGCGAUGAGACAGAGGCAGCUAUUUGGUGACGCGCGCAAUACACCCGUUCACGAGCCACCUACAAAUUCAAAUUUUUAUACUUAAAAGUUGUGAUAAAUGACCUACAGGUUUACUCUAACGUAGAUGUUAUAUCAUACAUCUAGCAACAAACCCCAUAAAGUAGUAGACAAUUCUCAACUGAAAAGAUACAAAUAAAAAUUUAAACUUUUCAAAAGAAUUUUUGAAAGAUUAAUACAAUGGCCAAUCCAGGCACUGUCAUAGCACAUUUAGCUAAAUUGAUUGUCACAAUUGUUUGCAUGAAAUUCUUCAAGGAUGCUUUUUCAUUGCGUGUAAUUGAAUAUGCUUGGGCUGUACGAGCUUUUCAAAUGUUGUUUGUACAUUCUAUCCUAGGAAUUCUCAGAUAUGGUGGAUCAUCAACAACAAAGCGCUUCAGAAACUUUUACGAAAGUUUCUCGAGUGUAGUCGAGGUAGUACCAUUCGCCUUGUUCACCACUGAGGUUUUGUUAAAGUACAAUUUCCGUGAAGAGUUGCGGUUCCUUUUGCUAGCCCUUGGAAUGUCACCGACAGUCAUAGAGUUGAGCUCAUCUCGUAUUAAAGAUCGCUCGAAGUUACAAAAUUUCACCAACAUUAUCUUCGCUCUACAAUCGUUGGCAUUGGGUUUAGUAUGCAUCUGGUACGACAAUUAUGGAGGUAUCAGUCUUGCAGUAUCGUUCGCUCUCGCAAGGUACGUCUCUGAGGACUUUUGCGAUCACUACGACGUGCCUUACGUCGAUUUGUCGCAGUACAGUCUUGGUUUUGUUGGAGUAUUCGCACUGGUGACACUCAAAGAGAUGUAAAGGACCUACAUAGAUGAGUACGAGAAAAGUUCAAAGAAAAGCCAAGUUCUAACUUCCUAAAGUCAAUUUCACUCAUGUUAAAUCAUUGAGCGAUAUUCCAA